AUAUGCCCGAGCUAAGCCAAUGGAGAAUAUCAGUAUUUAUUUUGAUUUCAAUUUUAGUUUUGAUUUUUAGGAAUAAUGAACCAAAAUAAAAAAUGUCAAGAUAGGACUAAAAGACCAUAUGUGAAAUCAGCAAGAAGUCCUUCACCAAAAACGGUGGAGCCUGAUAUGGACAAUGAAAAUUGUCCUCUUCCUAUAGCUUGUACUCAAGAAACUAAUGAUAAUGUCGAUGUAGUAUGGGAUUGGAACUCACCACAAGCAAAAAGACAUCCCAGAAAAUGCCAGAAAAGAUUACUAGUACAAUCUCCUAAAGUUCCAUUAAAAAGACAUCCAUCCAGUAGUUCUGCACAGGAUUUAGAAAAGUUAAGAGAAGAAUUACAGCGUCUAAAAAAUGAACUAGCUGUACCCGAUCAUGAAGAAAGUCUACAGCUAUCUCCCAUUGAAGAAGCAGCCUACAAAACGUUCACUCCAAUAGAAGAAGGUCCUGCCCAGGAAUUCCAUGAUUUUGAAUUUGGUGAUUUCAUGGAUGAUGGUUUAAAUGAACAAUUAUUUGCAUUUAGCCAACAAGUAGAGGAAAAUUUACAAAGUGAUAACAAAUUUAGUCCAGUCAGAGAUGUGCAAAGGCCAGUUAGUAAAUAUAGAUUAAAUUUUAAACAUACAACUCCAAAAGAAAAGUUAUUGGCAAAUGAUUCUUUUGAUGAUUUAUUACAGAAUAUAGAUAUGAGAACACUAACACAAACUUCUGAAAGUGGAAACUUUCAAACAAACAGUGAUAUGUAUAGCCAAAAAAUAAUAUGUACUACCUCUGGAAAAAUGGAAUUCUAUAGGACAAAAAGUUUUGAAAUGGCUAAUAAUAUUACUUCUGAAAGUGAGCCAAAAAAGUGUACCCUAGAAGAAGUUGAACGUAAGAGGAAAUUGGCUUUGGCAAAACUAGAAUCAAAACGAAAGGCUGAUAAAGUGCAGAGUACCACAAAAUGUUCGCUGCAACAGAUUGAAGAGAAAAGACUUAUGGCAUUGGCAAAAAUCGAAAAUAAAAAGCAACAAGAGAUUAUAGAAAAAAAACGUCAAGAAGCUUUGAAAAGAUUAGAACUUCGGCAGCAGAAAAAUGCUAUAAUGGUGAAAAGUUCAUUAGUUAGUAGGCUGAAAUAGAUUUAUAUAUGUAUACGAAACAACAAUUAAAAUAAAACACUGUUCUUAUCAAUGUUAUAUUAUGUUUAUUAAAAAUUAAUACAUAGUGAUUAUAA